AAUGUAAAUAGUUUAGUUAAGAUGAUACAAUAUUAUUGAUAUCGAUACAUGUUCCAGGUUCCUAUUGUAUUUAUGACAGUUGUCAUUAAUAUUAUUAUCUGUUGAACAUAUUCAAUCUGAUGUGCAACAGCAACACAGUUGGUGCAGAUAAUAAUCAGCAAAUAAAAUAAUAAUGACGGAAGAACCAAAAGAAAAUAUCGCUUUAAAAUCAUUAAGUGAAGAAGAAUCGAACGAUCAAUUAGACAACACAGAGGAAAGUGCAAACGUAUUCAGUAAAAGUGUAUUCGCAAGAUGGUUGAAACCAGCAAGUGUUAGUGAAUUGAAAUUCGUGUCCAAAGACGUUUUAUUGAUACGCGUUGAAAAAACGUUAAUAUUUUAUGACGGCAAUACGCAAAAAGAAGAUAUACUAAUAGUAGGCAGUAAAUCGACCCCGGGGGGUGGUGGUGAUGCUGAUCUACAUUUAGAAGGUAUUGGAUGCGUCGAUUGCUGUGAUAUAGAUUUACUGGCCUUGGCUGAACACCCACCAAUAUCCAAGGUGGUCAUUUGUUUGUAUCCUGACCUGAAAGUGUUGGCGACGCUUGUUGAUAGUAGCUGCUCUGCACCAUACAAGUCUAUACUGUUUCUGAGGUUGGAAUAUUUAAUCGGCUUGCGUGAUUACCCGGCAUUCGAUUUGAUCGUGUGGGCGUGGAGAAUUGGAGAAAAACUGUUGGUCGUCGACACCGGAUUCGUUCAGCCGAACCAAUAUCUAAAUCUGUCGGCGAUCACCGCAGCGACGGGUCGAAACGACGUGUACCUGAGCCAGACGGAACACGACGUCGGGUGUAAGCUUCAGCUGUGGACGUUGUUCGUGGGCUGCAAGACGGUGUACGCGGAGAGGACUCGGGUGGAGGUGCCCUCGGACGCCUCCGCGUCGGGCUGCUGGACGCCGUACGGGUGGUACGUGUUCUGCGACUCGUUGGCGAACGUCUAUCGAGUGCAGCCAGGCGCACCGGAACCGGAAAUGGUCGUGACGACGGCGGAUCCGGUGUCGGCGAAACGCGGAAGCGGCGGCGGCGGCGGAGGCCCGGGCGCGUUGGUGUGCCCCAGCAAACAAGGCUUCGUGCUGUACGCGGUCAACCAGGACAAUCGUCUAACGUGUUUCAAGGACACCAGAGGUAUUUUCACAAAAAUAUGGACCAUAGUCGUUGACUGUGUAUUGCAACGUAUGGUAGCUGUAAAAAACGACGUCUACGGCUGGUCGGACGAGGGAACACUGUUACAACUGACACAGAAAAAACAAAAAAUAUUGAAAGUGUACGGAUCAAAAAUCAAAUAUUUUACGUUUAUCAAACCGGCGGACGAAACGGUGGCCACCAUAGACCAUGCAAACAUUUUGCAAGUGUGGGAUGCUUCGACCGGAGAAUUUAAAAGCAAGAUGAAACUAAAUGGAAUCGCAACGGAUUUGUGUAGUAAUCCAUGUUACGGCUAUAUUGCCAUUACGUUUAAAAACGGUAAAAUGGAAUUGUUGAGAACCGUUCCCAAAGUAAACGAAAUAGAGUGCAUAGCAAAAAUAGUACUAUGCGACGAAGACUUAUCUUCGGUAAAAUUUUUCUCUGACGGAAACAUUUGUGGUGUCACUAGUUUUCCCACAGGGCGAUUUUAUUACAUUAGUAUUACAUUAGGACAGAAGUGUGCUGUAUUAAGAGAACAUAAUUUGGAAAAAUAUGUUAUUGAUGUUGACAUAAUCGACAAUAAAAAAUCAUCGUUUUUGACGGUGAUAUAUACAGAUCUAAAGAACGCUGAAAAUGCUGGAAAUAAUAUUUUAAUAUUUGAUAUACAUUUUAAUAUAGUUUUCAAAUUCAAAGAUAUACAAAAUUAUUACACAUCAGUAUUUAAAUGGAGUUCAUGUAGUGUGCCCGGCGCAUUAAACAUAGCUUUUACUGUCUUACAAUCAAAAUGUAUUCACUUGAUGACUGUAGAUAUUGUUGAGGAAAAAAUGCUAGUGUCACAAACUAUACCAUUAGAUCAUCAAUUAAAAAGCAUUAAGACAUAUACGAACGAAAAUCAUUGAGUUACAUUUAGUCCGGAUGGUUCAUAUAACAUUUAUGAAUUCGACGAUGACGGUCAGUGGAAACAAAUUAUUAUGGUAAACUGCAGUCAUUGGCAAAGGGGAGGGUUGAUAGCUGCUCAAGUUGAUGUCGAUGCCCAUAACAUAUUAACGCUAAGUCGGCAAGGAAACUUCAUGUGUACAAGUUUUGAAGGCAAUUUAAAUCGUAAUAAAAAUAGCGAUAAAAUCAAUUUUCCAAUAAUUGAAGAUCAUUUUGAAACAAAAGGAAUAGGUAUUGAGGAUGGACCAGAAUCACCAACACGAAUGACAUGGGAAAUGAUUAACCAACAAAAUGAAUUGAAUGCAAGUAUAGCGGCUUACAGUAACCAAAAACAACAAAUCAUACAAGAUUUUGAAAAAAUAAAAACAGAACUUCAAAAUUUAUUAGAAACAAAUGUCAAUGGCCCGGAUGACAUGAAAAUAGAUAUUGAAGAAUUCGAUUUAAAUGUAGAUUAAAGGCUAAGUUUCAGAGAAAAGUGUAAACUUGAACGUAAAGAGUACGAAGAAAAAAUUCUUAGUGACAUAAACAAGUUUAAAAUGGAAACUGAAAAUAUUAUAAAGGAAAAAUGGGAAACACUUUUUAUUAAACCAAAAUCUAUAUAUUGUUUAAUAAAUAUAUAUAAAGUAGACAACUAUCCAAUAAGCAUAAAAGACCAAGACAUUAUCAAAAAAGCAAAUAAAAUCAUCGAAGAAAGAAUAUUAAUCAGGGAUAUGUCAGAACAAGUAUCCAGUGCAGAAAAUCCAUUUUCCAAAAAUAAUUUUGAGACAUUGGACGUUGAAUCAAAUUCAUCGGAAUCCGAUUACAAGCAAAGUAAUAAUUUAUCAAUGCUGGGCUCAAUUAGUUAUGAGUUUGUUGAAACUAUCGAAACUCUAAAUUCUCAGAACAAUUAUUAUAAAUUGGAAAUGGCCGAAGAUGAAGUAAUUUUACUCAAAUUUAUGGUUAACAAAUUAAAACAUAAAUUCAACCAAUUAUUUGAUGAUUUGUUUGCGGAAAAACAACAGCAACUGGAUAAUUUGAAAGAAUAUAAUGACAGAUUACGUGUGAUUGAAACCGAGUUGAGAUUGGCAUGCAAAAUUGAACCUACCGAACCGUUACCAGUAGAUUACGAAUGGAACAAAUAUGAACGGACAGAGGAACUUUUACACGUCAAUGACGAUGAAGUUCCCGUAAAACUGUAUCAAAAUAAUGUAUUAUCUAGUAAAGAAGUGUCGAAUGACUCGAACUCAGGCGUAGAAGAAAGAGACAGUGAAACGGUAACUCUUAACAACUAUAGACAGCGGGCACUGAUGAUUAUGAUGGAUGGCGUGCUGGAGAAAAGGUGGGAAGACGAAUUGAAAAAAGACGUGCCAAAACCACAGUGCAUGUUAAACAAAAAUCCUGAGGAUUUUACGGCAGACGAUUUAAAGGCUAUUGGUGACUAUGAAAAAUUAACCUCGGCUUUGAACGACGAGAGAAUAAAAUACAAAAAUAUUCUUGAAGAAGAAAAGAUAAAAAUUCAUCAUCACAUCGCACAGAUAAUAGAACAAUUUGACAAUAAUGUAUUUAAGUUGUUUCAAAUGAAAUUGAAGUACAAUUCAGCCAUCGAUCAUGAGAACUUAAAAAUGCUUAGACUUUCAAAAAUGUUAAGCGAUAGUGAUCAACGAAAACACCAAAUUAAACGACAUAGUGAAAUCAUUUUGGAGUUAAGAGAAACUAUUACAAGGUUUGAACAAAUUAUUGCAGAAACGAAUAAAAAAAUAGCAAAAACCGAGCCAAAUUCUUUGCUCAAUACUAUAGAAGCCUUAAAUCACAAAAACAACAUACUUAAUAAACGUUUUAAGUCUGAGUUUCCAUCUAAACUCAUUUACGAACAAGCAUUAAUCGCCUACAACCGAAGACCUAAAAUACAAGGUAAUAAAAACUAUUCGUCAAUACUCGGUUACCAAUUUGUCAACACUAUAAUGGAUCCAACCGACGACAAGCUACAUCUUUUGACCUCGGAGUUCGUUAAAUACUUAGAUACACUUAGGGUGUAUGACGAUUAUAAAUAUGUAGAUGAUUAUAAGCUGAAUAUGGACAGAGAAACUUGGCAUAAGGUUUGCAAUUUUAGACGAAUGAAAAUCGAAUCAGAAUUUAAGAUCAGCACAUGUCAAAAAGACGCAACAGACAAAGACAAUUUGUUGGAUAGCUUAAAGCGCGAUAAAGAAGACAAGGAAGCAAUGAUUGAGAAAUUAAAAAUGUCCAUCGUUAGAUUGGAAAAUCAAGAUUUGUAUUAUAAGGAUAACCCCGAGAUUCAAUUAGUAGUGCCUCAGGGGAACGUUGAAACUUUAUUAACAGGACACUUCAGCGAUUUUGAAAACACAACACUUAUUUCUAAAAAUGCUAUUGAUGAAGUGAACACCGAAAUCAAAAAAAUGGGCAAUACUAAAAUCGAUGCUUUAUCUAAUUUACUGAAGUUCAAACGUAAAUGUCGAUUUUUAAAAUGGGAACACGAUAUUCUAAAAAACCACAAAAUUCCAUUGUAUAAAUUUCGUUUCGAUCUUAUUACCUCAAUGAAGAUAACCGAAAAUGUGUUAAACUACUUGAAGUUUAAGAUGAAAGGCAUAAAUAACGCGGAACAAGCUGAACAAAACGUGGACAGAGAACUGGCCGCAAUUAAAUUUACUUAUACAAAGCAAAAAGAAAAGCUAAAUGAAAAGUUAAACGAAAUGUGCAAAACGGAAAAAGAUAUUAAAAAUAAAAACAAAAAAGCCGACGAAGAGAUAGACCAAAUGACGAGUGAAUUAACAGAGUUAAAGUGCCUCAUAGAUUAUAGUUUAAACGACAAACUGAUGCACCGCAGCAGUGAAAAGAUGAAAGAUAUAAUGAAAUUUACACAGAUCAAUACAAAAGUAUUAGAAUUAAACAAAGAAAUUGAUGCGUUGCAAAUAGAAUUGGAAUUACUGCUCCUCAGAACUUUUCCAACUCUGUAUACUAAUUUUCCGAAAAACACCAGCAUAACCAAAUAAUAUGAUUUUCAAGACAUAUAAAUAUAUAACUAUACUUAUAGAUCAAAUAUGACAUUUAAAUUUGUAUAGAUAAAUAAUCCACCCUAAUCUGUAUUGUAUACUUAGAUACAUUUUAAAAUAA